AUGACGACAGAUUAUAGUGACAAUGCAUUAUCUGGCUUGAGUGAUGAUGACUUCAGUCAAAAUGUGAAAAAAGGUCUUUCGAACCACAACACUAAAGAGGAAAAUACAAGUACUUUCAAUACGAACACUAGCCAUUUCGAGCAUCCUGGACACAAACAGGGCAGUGCACUUCAGCAGUUAUCCAGUCUUUUAGGCCAAACUAUGAGAUUGGAAAAUGUAGCCGAUUUAAAAGAGGUACUCAAGUCAGUUGGUACCGGCUGUCAGCGUAGCCUUCCAACAAUCCCCAUAAAUGACCUGCGAGGUGAAGAAGCCGCUGCCUAUCAUCGUGAAGACUGCGUACUGAGACGCAGUCUGGCUGCAUUAUAUCGUUUAAUAGAUAUGAGAGGAUGGACACACUCAAUAUAUAAUCAUAUAUCUGCAAGGUGCACCACAAAUCCCAAUCAUUUUUUGAUCAAUCCGUUUGGUUUACUGUACCACGAAAUUCAGGCAUCUAGUUUAGUGAAAAUAGAUGCCAAUGGCAAUAUCGUCGAUCAAGGUAGUUCAGUGUUGGGUGUAAAUAAAGCCGGUUGGACACUUCAUUCUGCACUACAUUCAACCCGUAAGGAUAUCAACUGUAUCAUUCACGUUCAUUUACCGGAUGUAAUAGCAGUGUCCUGUCUUCGUGCAGGUUUGCUGCCUGUAAGUCCAGAAGCUAUCGAACUAAUCUCAAACCAUGGUGUUCGUUAUCAUGAAUACCGAGCAGUCGCCGCCGCUAGCAUUCCUGAAGCUUGGUAUAUAGUUAAGCGAGUGAUAACUGCCUGUCAAACACAAAUGCGUCUGAUGCAACUAAGCGAUGGAGCAAGUUUAUUGUCUGACUUGAAGGACAGUGCAACACGGUUAGCUGAUAGUAAAGCUGAUCAUCCCGAAGAAGAGGAAUCGGAUGCGUUAAAUCAUCAAGAAAAAAAUGAUUCAGCAUUAUUAAAUGGGAAAACAAGCAGUGACAACGGAGAUCAUCUAUAUACUAACUGUAUCCGCCUACGCAAAGUCGUUGUUCUUAUUUUUCUCACGACCAAUAUUGGGGACAUAAACAUCGACGUAAAUUACUGUCUACCAAUUUGGUUAGAAGCCUGCUCUCACUCCAAUACAACUAACCUCGAUGAUAACUACUCAAUCCUUGUUAUUAAGCUGCAUAAUAAGCACCUAGUUCUUACAAUCCCUUUUUCGAAUAUGGAGACGAAUUCUCUGUUUUUGAUGCAUUUAAAGGUUUCAUGGACCCCUGAAGAACUUGAAUUUGAAGCAGAAAUGCGUGUUCUGGAUAGUGCAGGUUUUCGAACUGGUCAUGUUUAUCGUCAACCUAAUUUAUUACGACGUGCUCAUCCAGGUUCAUCUUGGACAGGUGACACAUAUGGUGAUCAAGUUACAGGAGCUGACCUGUUGACAACUGACUUUUCCAAUAAUGAGUUCAGUGGAGUUGAAGAUAUUGCUGCUGCCGAAGCUGCUGGUGCUGAGCAGGUAGCCAAAAUUGUCGAUCAUGUUCGAGCCAGCCGUCAAAAAAAUGUACAGAGAAAUCAGUGGCUGGCAAAAGCAAAUGAACCAUCAUCACAUAAUGGGAUAGUAUCAAGUUCUAUGAUUGCAUCACCCCGUGAACAAUUGAAGAUGAAGAAUCCUGUUGACUAUCGUCCACAUCCUUUUGCUUCUGAAUCUCCUAUCUGUAUGCCUGUCAGACGAUCAGAUUCCGGUAGCACACCAACAACAACAACUGACACGGAGAGGAAUUUUCACUCACCUACUGAAAGUCUACAUGGUGUUUCAGGCUAUUCAACUUUAAACGGUUCAGUUUCUACAUCAGCAACUGCUACUCCAUCACACAAUAUAACACCAACCAAACGGUUUAAUGAUCCCUCUGUAAAUAAGAGUGCGACACUACCUGCCAAUGUACAACAUAUGAGUAAGUCUUUUCAACAAGUCUAACCUAUAAAAAUCAUUUAAUUCUUUCCGCUGUAUUUUUUUUCUGUAAAUCACACAUCGUCGCUUGAAUAUUGUUGAUUGGAACAAAUUUCAAGCAUAUAAAAUAUUGUUUUUUAAGCUUAUCUAGAAACACACGUAUACAGAAAAUCACCUCAAAUAGACUAAAAUACUCAACUACAACAUUUUUAUUCAAAAGAACCAAAACACACUGCAACACUCCAGCCUCAAGGAGAAUAGAAGAGAAAUGUCUAUUAACUGCUUUCAAGAAAAACAGAUAUCCUCACAGGUUCAUCAAAAAUGUCUACACUCGAAUCAAACUAGCUGUAGAAAAAACUAACCCUUUAAAAACACCAAGAAAAUUCAUCCUAUCACAUAUAUAUUAAGAAUGUUUGUGAAAUAACAGCUAGAAUACGAUAGUCGUUCAGAAUAAAUAUCGCACGCAAACCAUCAUCAUUCAACCAUUCAUUCAAUACUAAGCAGUCCGAAAGACGCAAAAGCGAUAGCGGACAAAAUGAACACCAUCUACAAAAUAUAGACUGCAUCAACUAUGAAAAUCACUCUAUUGGUCAAAAUAGUCGCCGCCUUCGACUCCAAGUUCAAGAAUAUAAAUUAGCUGUUAAAAGACACUCCAUAUAUAUUCUUUCUUAUCAAUACAUGCAGGACAAUUAUUGGAAAAUGGUGAGAUAUUAAACAGUGGAAACACCGAAAAUACCUGGAAACUCCAAAAAAACCCGGUACUCAGAUGAAUCAGUGACCAAAAAGUCAAAUUCCAAAUCAGUAAAAAAGCGAUCGAUACUGAUGCGAACUAACAACUAUAUUUACACACACACGCAGAAUUCAAAUAAUUUCACUUCAUAUUAAAGUUUGCUUUGAAGAUGCUGUCUAGAAAGAUAAUAUAAGCUUUUCAAUCAAACCAUCCAUCGUAUCAAAAUGCAUAAGCUUGAUAAUUGUUAACUAGCCCACGUUUGAUUUCUUAUGUGUACAGCAUAUAUGUACCAAUUGAAGUUGUUCAUUGUUAAUACUAGUGUGUUAUGCAGGAGUUGUAACAAUACUCGCUUGAAGCACAUCCACUUUUAUCUCUAGUAAUCAUGAAGUCUCCUUGACAUUUAAGUAGUUUUUAUUCGCAGAGUUCCAGAGGUUCCGUAUAAUCAUUUUUCAUCAUUGAUCUGUAGAUAACACGUGCUCCAAUCAAUUCCUAUGUGUGUGCCACUCGUAUUCACACCAUAUACAAAGUUUGAACUUCCAGGCAGUAUCAAUAGUCUUUACACCCGUGAUGUAAAUGGCUGUCUAUUGUGCAAGCAACUACACACAUGGUUUUCACUUAAUUUCAUCGUUUUCGUCUGAGACUUUCUAAAAAUACCAUUAUCACAAUAAAAAAGCUAGUAAUGUGCUUGAAAAGAAAGGUGUAAUAUUUAUUCCUAAUUGUAAUAUUCAAUGAUCAAAUAUUAGUAAACCUAACAACAACAACGACAGGGGACAGAAGUUAGAAAUCCGCAUUCAGCAACAUUGUUUGUAUUGCAUAUUAACAAUAAAUAGAAACAGACAACAGUGAACAUUUACAAAGUGUAGAAAUAAGGAAAUCUUCAAGUAUUGGUUUUGUAGGGAUUUUGUUUGGUUGGUUGAUGCAUUUCAUCAUAAGCUGACAGGGGGAUUAUAGUGGGUGAGUCGUGACCAGUAGGGUACAGCAAGUUAAAAGUGAGGCAGUAACUCACUGAAGAAGACAUUGCGAAGUGGUCACACUAUGGCGUGAUUACCAGAAGUUAGAAUUAAUGGGCUAGCCAACUGGACCGGAUCCCAGUGUCUUAGUGGUCUACGAGCUCGCUAGCCUUGUAACCAUGUAAGGUCCUGGGUUCGAAUCCCAUCGGUGGGUACGCACUGAUGAAGAGUCCCAAAACAGCUGUCCAGUACUCCCUGUAGGUUUUCCAAUCGUUCUCUAAUUGAUGUCAACCCAUGAUGAAACCCUUCAACCAAAUAAGGAUAUCGUCAAUCACCACUGAAAUAUUACGUAGCAUCGCUUAUUAAAAAAAUACAUAACAUUUAAGAAAUUGAGUGUGAUUUCACAAAAAUUAUCCUGCUUCCAUUUUUUUACUGUAUAGUUUUUAUGGCCUAUCAAUAAUAUCAAAUUAUUUCCGGUGUGAUUAUUGUAUUUUUAUUCUCUUUCAGCUGUUUUAUCAAAUUCGAAUACU